UUUUUUUCUCGAAAAUUACUUUGUCAUUUGUUUUAUAUUUUUAUUUUAAAGAUUUUUCAGAUUUUAAAAAUUUCUAGAAAAAAUUUUUCAAUGGGAAAAGAUUCUUCAAAAGAUUCUUCAAAGGAAAAAGAUUUGCAAAAAUUAAUUGAUAAUUGGCUGGAAUGGGAUAAGAACGAUGACACUCGAAAUCGAGUUUCUAAACUUCUUGAUGGAGGAGAUACUGAAGCACUUAAAGCUUUGAUGAUUGGUGAACUUGCUUUUGGAAUAGGUGAGAAUACAAAAAUCGGACCAGGCUUCACUCAAUUAAAUGAACUAAAUGUUAUCCUUCUCUCCCAUGGAAUGGCUCAACAUUUAUUAAAAGAAAUGCCUAAUAAAAACAAGAAACUAAAAAUUGUGGUUGGAUUUAAUGGACGUCAAAAUAGUUUGAGAUUCGCUCAAUUGGCCUCCAAUGUAUUUAUCAAAAACGGAAUUCGUGUAACUUUGUUUUCUGAUUGUGUUCCAACACAUGUUGUUUCUUCUGCCGUUGUUGGAUUAAAUUGUGAUGCUGGUUUAAUGAUAACAGUCUCCCAAAACCCAGAAAAAUAUAAUGGCUUUACAGUUUAUUGGAAUAAUGGAGCCCAAAUACUCAAACCUAUGGAAAGAGAAAUUUGUCUUCUUUCCAAGGAACAACCCAAAGAAGACUAUUGGAACACUACAACUCUUUCUACAAACAAUUUAUUUUCUGUUGUUGCUGAUUCUAUUCUGGAUAAAUAUUUUGCUGCUGAGUCUUCUGCUUGUUGUUUUUAUAGAGAAUUAAAUGCAAAAACUUCACUUAAAUUUACUUAUUCUUCCUUUAAUGAUGAUGGUUUUAAAUUUGCUCAACGAAUGUUUAAAGAAUUUGGAUUUCCAGAAGAUGCUUUUUCUUGUGUGAAGGAACAAGCCGAACCCGAUCCAGACGGCUCCUCUCCUGAUGUUCUCAAACUUUGUUAUCAAAAAGCGGAGGAAACUGAUGCUACUUUAAUUUUGGCUAAUGAUCAAAAUGCCAAUAGGCUUCAAAUUGCUGAAAGACAACAAGACGUCAGUUGGUAUUUAUUUGAUGGGAAUGAAAUGGGUACUUUAUUAACAUGGUGGAUUUGGACGCAAUGGAAACAAAGAAAUCCAAAUUUAUCUGGAGAAGAUUUUUAUGUUAUCAAUGGGUCGUUUUCUUCUCAUAUAGUUGCUAAAAUGGCUAAAAUGGAAGGCUUCAAAAACGAUAUUUCUUUGGCUGGUUUCAAAUAUUUUGGAAAUAAGGCACUUGAACUUCGAACGAAAGGAAAAUUGGUUAUUCUUGCUUGGGAAGAAUCUAUAGGGUUUGCAACAGGAACAACUCUUGAUAAGAACGAAACAAGUGUAGCAGCAGUUUUUACAGAAAUGGCCAAUUAUUUAUCUUCUCAAAAAUUAAAUAUGAAACAACAAUUAUUUAAUAUUUACAAUAAAUAUGGCCUCUAUUUGAUUACAGAAUAUAUUCAUGAUUAUAAUGUGAAAUCUGGAAAAAGAAUUAAUGUUGGGGGUCACUUAUACUCCUUUUAUAUGAAGAAAUCAACAAAAUUUACAAAAUCAACAAAAUUUACAUGGUUUUGUGUACUACGCAACAACCCGAAGAUUAAAUGUAAUGGCACAAUCCACACAUACAUAAAAGACAAAACAAAAAAUAUCAUAAUUAUGGGUACAGAACACAAUGCUGCUUGUAUUUCCCAAAAAAAUUCAACACAAUUUGCUUUGAACAACACGUUGUCACCACAACAACAUUUGUCUUCAAAUAUUUCUGAAAAUGAUGUUUAUGAUCUAGAAAAAGAAGAAACACCACCUGAAGAAAUUCUAAAAUCUCCUCUUUCAACUAAUAAUUAUGAAAAUGUUGUAGUGUGGGGACGUGGUCUUUUGUCUGUUGGAACGGGUGCUAAUGAGGAGCUUGGUGUAUAUGUGGAUAAUUGUGAGGAUGAGGUUAUUGUUAGUGUUGAAAAAGAUGAUGACCUGCUCAUCCCUGUUUCUCGACAAGAUUUUGAACAGAGACCGUCAGCAGUUUCACAACCUUUUACUGCUAUACAUCCUCGACAAUCUUUCGUUUUUACUCCGAGUACAAGCGGGAAGUAUGAGGUUUCUGUCAAAAGCGCUGCAAGCAAUGUACAUUUGGGAAGCAGUCCUUACAAUAUUGUGGUUGGCCCAAAGAACAUUUCAAGUAUUCGAGCUGUCGGUCCCGGAUUGGUUGGAGGUGUUGCUGAUGAAAUGGCUGUCUUUUAUGUUGACAUACAUGGAAGAGGAAAUUGUUUAGAAUUUUCAAUCGAAGGACCCAGCGAACCGGAGAUUAUUUGCUCUGACGAUAAUGAAGGAACGGCGUUGGUUGAAUACACACCUCAUGUUCCGGGGUGUUACACAAUCAACAUCACCGAACAUGACACAAAUUCACACAUAAAAGAUUCUCCUUUUGUUCUUUGGAUUGAACCAUCAAAUCUACUUCCUUUUAAAAACGUUGACCGCCCAAUUCGAAUACCAUCAUUUGAAAGCAACGAAGGACAAGUCGGCAAACAAUUUAAUUUUAAAAUUCCAAAGGAAAUUGAAGCUGACACAUUCUACGUUGAAAUUUACGACCCAAAUUUACAAAAAGUCGAUUUUGAUUGUGAAAAUAAACCUGAAGGAAAUUUUUACAGUUUUGUGCCGCAAAAGGAAGGAAAGCACUUGAUUAGUGUUGUCGCCGAUAAACUGGCAGUUGAGGGAUGGCCUUUUGUUAUUUUUGUUGAUGGCCCUUUUGAUCCAAAUAAAAUUUGUCUUAGCGGUCCAGCAUUGAGUCCAACUAUUCAAAUACGUCAAAAAACAAAUUUUUUAAUUGAUUUUGACAAUAUUCCAAAACCAAAGCGUGUCCAGGUUACUGUGGUUGGACCUGAAGGGGAAGAAGUUCCUGUAGAGGUUGACUUGAAAACUUCGUCUAUCUACAAUGCCCGCUAUGAACCAAUGAAUCCUGGCGUCCAUAAAAUUUAUUUGACUGUGAAUGACCAGCAAAUAUUUGAAAUUCCUGUGAAUGCUGUUGAAUAUGAUACAGAAGAAAUAUUGGAAGAACAGAAUGUUGGAGCUAGAGUUGCAAGUGAAAUACGAAAGCCAGUUAUUGGUCUUUCAACAGCAUUUGUGUUUACUGCCCCAAAUCAACACAUCUCUGAUCUAUCUGUUCAUGUACACGGGCCAAGCGGCGACUUGAAACAUGAUGUAAAGAUGGAACAACUUGAAAAAGAAAAAUUCCGAGUCAGCUUUGUCCCGCAUCAAAGUGGUCCGCACACAAUUGAAUUGAGAGAUAAAAAUGGAGAAAUUUAUGAUUUUAAUUUCGAAGUCUUAUGUUCAAAUGAGAAUGAAGACUAUGUUUCCGAAUAUUCGAUGAGUGAAGAUGAAGAAAAUGAAGAUGUUUCUAUCCAACAACAAAGUUUACUAACCUUCGCUCUUUCACCAGCUAAAGCUUCGAAGAAGACCACUAAAUUAACAUUAAAAGAAGAAAAUUCAAUAAUUGAGAAGCUUAAAAAAAGAACAGGUUUAUUAACAGAACAAAUUUCUGACUUGCAAAAACAUCAAUAUGAAAUAGAAAAUUCUAAAAAUAAACGACAAAAGGAGGUAAAUAUUUUUUUUCUAACUGUAAUUUCGUUUUUAAGAUGA